AUGCCGGUAAGUACUGUAAUAUUGUUUUUGGGUACUUUAUAACUAGUAUUGUUGCAGUCGAGGCAGGUUGCGACAAAAUUUAUUUUUCUAAUCAGUGGAUAUGAACUUUUUGACCCCAAAAAUCAAUUUUUAAGCUAGAAAUUCAUUUUUAACCUAGACCACAAUCUCAUACCUAAACCUUUCAGUCUCCACCAAAACUGCGCUCCAGAAAGCCCUCCAAGUCGCCAGCCAAACCCAAGCCAGCCACUCCAAAGACCAAAAGCCCACCCAAGAAACGUGCCGCUUCCAAGUCUCCAGCCCGUUCCAAAGCCGCAAAAUCGCCAGUUAAAAAGACCCCAGCGGCAAGAGGUCGAGGACGACCAUCCAAGUCACGAACAUCGUCGCCAGCUUCAGUCGCAUCGCUGCCAUCUUCAAAAGGCAGCCCGCCUAGAAAAACCAAAGCCAGCCCUGCUAAGCCCGCUCCUCGUCGCUCCAGAAGCCGCUCCAUCCAGAGGAACUCGAGAAAUCGCUCCUCCUCAAGUCACUCGAAGCCAGUCAAGAUCGAAGAGAUCAAGGUGAUCAAGCAGACCCCACUACAACAACAACCCACCCCCGGCUCCAGAUCCUCCCUCCGACUGCGACAAGCCAACGGGCCCACCACCUUGACCAAGAACUUGUUCUCAGGCCUGUCGCCACGAUCUCCAGCUCGCGCUGCCCAACCUUACUGGACGAGGGUCAAGAACUCAAAGGUCGGGCGGUAUGUUCGCGGCAUUCCACGACGAUGCACUGUCGCCAACGCCAAGAGAGCCAUCCAGAAGCACUGGAGGAAAGCGCUAAUCGCUGGACUGCUAGUUGGCGUCGCCUACUACAGCUACUACAACAAGAAACAGAUCCAGAAGCACCUGCAGGAACAAUACGAGAAACUGGCGGAUCUGGUGGCCAAACAAAAGAGACCAAGCAUCUUCGGGUGAAUUAAGUUCGUUUUUAACAGUAGGUUAGACUAACAUGCUUGAGGUUGGUGUGGCGACAAAAAUAAUUGGGUUUUGAUACCUUUUUCGCGGAUUUUUAGAGAUUUUUUGCUAUAUUAACCUUGUUUUUUCAAAUUUUCUGACAAAUCAAGUUAGAGUUUUUGUCGCCACACCACCUUCACUAUACGCUGAGAUCAAAAUACAUAACAUAGAUUAAAAUUACGACUACAGUUAAGCUAUUAGGCUAGCUAGGUCACUUUAAAUAUCAAAAAAUACUUUAUAAGAGAAACCGUUUCUUUAAUGCCAUUUUUAAUUGACCAUAAGAUAAAGACCGAAUAUAAAUUUACUGUGAAAAGUUUGAGCAUUAAACUGGCAGUAAAUCUAGAGUAGUAUCAGAUUUCACAGGAUCGUUAAUUGCUCCGAAAUCCAAUCGCUUUAUAGCCAAUGGGUCGUAAAGUUUUAUCGGUCGAUUCGAUCACUACUUUAACAUUAAUACAUACCUUUUUUACAUAAAAAUGUGAGGAAAAGGCUGAUUUAUAUUGUAUUAACCAUUUCUUACUUCACUUGAAGCUUUAACGUUCAGAAACAUUAAAAAACCGACCAAACUUAUAUUAUCCAUGAAGGUUCUAGCCGGAAACUGAAUCUUUAAUAGCUAUUCUGACUUCAUUUGCCGUAGAAACGACUUUAGAAAGCAAGAUUGUUCUUUUCCAUACCUAAAAACACCAAAAAGCAAACCAAAACUUUGAGAAUUACCUGAGAAUAAGGUUAAGCACCUUAACCAUCUAAUCCAAGUUGUUUCAGUGGAGAUUGGUUCGUCGACACACCGCCCACUGCCGUCCCACCCAAGCACGAAACCGUCACCGAAAUACCGCGGCAACCAUGA